GUUUGGGGCAGUUGAAGAGCGCGAGGCGGAUAGAGCAGUGCGGCACGAAGCCUCGUGUUUUCCGGUAGUUGCUCCACAAGAACACUCCAGGCUACUCGAAUCCGUUUAAAUCACAGCCUCGCAGGCGUGUGGGGACGCGUGGACAUUUCACGAGCUCCAUCGCAGCCGAUCAUUUACCGUCGCAGAGGAAGGCCGCUAGGCCUCAGCGCGUCAUCGCCAUGAGUUACGGUAGGCCUCCGCCAGACGUCGACGGUAUGACUUCCCUCAAAGUGGACAACCUGACAUACCGGACGUCGCCCGAGACCCUGAGACGGGUGUUCGAGAAGUACGGCCGCGUGGGGGACGUCUACAUCCCCCGGGACCGCUACACCAAAGAGAGCCGCGGGUUCGCCUUCGUGCGCUUCCACGACAAACGCGACGCCGAGGACGCGAUGGACGCCAUGGAUGGCGCGCUUCUCGACGGACGGGAGCUGCGUGUCCAGAUGGCCCGAUACGGCCGACCCCCUGAUUCCCACUACGGGGGCAGCGGCGGCGGAGGUGGUGGCGGCGGCGGAGGAGGCGGCGGAGGCGGCGGCGGCGGAGGAGGCCGAAGAGGAGGGCCUACCAAGAGAUACGGCGGCCAUGGGCGCAGGAGCAGGAGCUCUUCCCCCAGCCCGAGGCACAGGAGACGCAGCCGGUCCCGCAGCAGGAGCCGCUCUCGUUCCCGAAGCCGGUCCCGUUACAGCAGAUCCCGCUCCAGGUCCUACUCCCGCUCCAAGUCCCACUCCCCCAGGAACAAGAAGGUCAAGGCAAAGUCCCCAUCUCGUUCCAAAUCCAAAUCAAAGUCCAGAUCCAGGUCCCGAUCCAAGUCUAAGUCCAAAUCAAAGUCCAAGUCCAAGAGUCGCUCCAGAAGCCACACCCCCGCCUCCAAAAGAGAGUCCAGAUCGAGAUCCAAAAGCCCGCCCAAGUCCGCAGCAGAGAAUGGAGGCGAAUCCCCGUAGAGCUCAGGAGCAGCUGCGGCAUCCUGUUUGCUAAAGUGGAGUUUGAGCUGAGCAGAGGCAGUAUGAGCAGUUAGAAGGGAUGUGGUGAGCUGUCCACAGGCCGCCUGCUGCUGCUGCUGGUGGUGGUGUGCAGCAGGGUGGAGGUGGAGGCAGUCAGAGUUGGGGUUUGGUGUCGAGGUACGUCUGUCUGUGUUUCCGCCACUGGACACACAACUGUCCGCCGGGCGGUCGCCAAGGGACCACAUGAAAAUAAUAUAACUACAUGUAUUUAUACUCUAUAGCUUUACGCAUCGCUGAUUACCAAUCUGAGCUCUUAAUCAGCUGAACCGCCUCCUGUAGGCCACUGACGGUUCAUUAUGUAGUGACUUAAUCAGUAACCGCUAGUGUCAAUCAUUCAGGUCCCCCCCCGGUUGAGCCGUGAGAUCUCCUAUUUGGAAUAUAUAUUUAAAGCAAAUAUUUAUUUUACUUCCAUUGUCAUUGUGAGCGGUCUCACAUCUGCUCCUCUAUUGGCUGCCUGUCCAAUUGGAGGGAAAAAUGCUCUAAAACCAGAAACUGGGCAGUUGGUAAUAACUGGAGCAAAACGCGGUAAAAUAAAAUCCGCCUACGAUUAGGACCUGAGGAUGAAAUCUUGUCCCCAGCGGAGAUGUUCGAGGCUCUCGUCACGUAGAUAAAAAAAAAAAAAACAAGUCAAACCAUGGAUGUGCCUGUUUGUUGACGUGAUGAAGACGAAGCUAACUUGUCCUUCCACAGUUCUCAGGUGAAGACGGAGCGUCGAGUCGUCCCCAUCCGGCCUGAGCCACAGUGUCCUGCUGUUGAAGGUUAUUAUUGUGUCUUCCAUGCUUUGCUUUGUUUUAUUGAUUUGGCCUAAAAAAAAGUCUGUCGCCUCAUUGAUGUGCUGUGAUUUUAUUUUCAUAAAGAUUUUAAAAUCUGGGUCGAUGUGGAGAUGAGUUGGUGAUAUAAUCACAAGUUGGUAGGUUUGUACCUGUUGUUGUUUCUUUUGUUCUCUUUGGGCCCAACAGAACCAGUAUGAUCCUGGAUUAGCUCACUAAAGCUCCACUUGUCCCACACGACGUCAUAACAACCACAACAAAUGGGAGGAGCUAAAGAUACUUUUAGUACAGUUGAUCUAAUUAUUCCACUAAGCGUUUGUGCUGAUGUGUAAACGUUUCUAUGACUGGCUGAUUAUUUUCUACAUUUGAUUGACUAUAAAGUUGAUCAAUCGAAUAUGUACGGAUUUAUUUUCUUUCCCUCGCUGUUUGGUUAGUCUGAUGGUGGUCUUGUCGGUGCGGUGAGAGACCACCAGUCCUGUGGAGAUGUACCUUUUUUUUGUUUAAGUUAGCGUAUUGUCAUUAAACUCAAACGUUACAUAAUUAAAUCUCCCUGGACGCUGACAACCUGAUGCAGGGUUUUUUUCCCUUUCUGUUUUUGACCUUAAUCCUGCUUGUGUUUGUUUUGUGCAUCAGGCGCAGUUGUGUAGCCGUUGAGUUGUGCUGGUUAGCUGUUAAGGUGGCGUGUUGCUCUGCUGAGUGCUUGGAUGUAUCCAGUAUUCUCCAGAGUGCUCCUGUGACUACCAGUGGUGCGGCCGCUGCUGUCCCUUUGUAAGACAUGCACCCCCCCCAAAUGUGCUCAUGGAUGACAAAUGUGACUUUCAUUAAAGAUUUGGUGUUUUGUCUAAAA